AUGAAGUUUGCGGUUGGUGCCCUUCUUGUUUGCAGCCUUGUGGCGACCCUGGUCAACUCUCAGACGCCCACCUCGCCAUCCACAAGCAAUGUGAGCAACACCCUCGAUUCUCUGCUCUAUGAGUCGGGCGGUCUAGGGGCCGUGCUGGACGCGGAGACCAGGAUUGAUUGGGCCGAAGUGCAGACCUUCUUAGCCCCAAACUUCCACUGGGAGGACUACAGCACGUUCCCGUCAUUUGGCAACUACACCAGUUACCAGGAGUACUGGCGAGCCCUCAACCGCAACAACCAGACCUUCCCUUUGAUCGAAGCAGCCACGCUCCAAUGGCGCUCCUGCGAUCCGGUCAACAGGCGCCAGAUCUCACAGUGGCAGGAGCCCUACGCUUUGGCGAACGACACCAGCGUGAGAGAGAACAGCACGUCCCUCUACAUCGUUGAAUUCGCCAACGACAGCCUGGCCAUCACCCGGCAGGCCUACUGGACCUCUGGCAACCUCGUCAACCUCACCUUGAGGGCCGUGUAA